AUGGGGAAUAACAUUUCAAGUACAACUGCUUCGAUAGCGACUGCGGGAAUUGAUAGUUACGUUAGUGAGCUUGGAGAUAUUCAAUAUGAAAGGAGCUUAAGUAGUGCACGUUUUAUGAAAACUAUUCGUUGUCGUCAUAAAGAGGGUGCCGUUGUUGUAAAAAUAUUUAUUAAACCAGAACCUGGGUUGUCCUUAUCAAAUAUUGUAAAAGCACUUCAAGAGGAGAAAGAUGUCUUAUCGGAAGUUCCAAACGCGUUUGCAUAUCAACGAAUAUUAGAAACAGAAAAGGCCGGAUAUCUAAUAAGACAAUUCUUUUUCAGUAGUUUAUAUGACCGAAUAAGCACACGUCCAUUUUUGAAUCUUAUAGAAAAAAAAUGGAUCACGUAUCAAAUAUUAUGUGGAGUACAUGAUGCUCACACCAGAGCGAUUUAUCAUGGAGAUAUUAAGACAGAGAAUGUUCUUGUGACUUCAUGGAAUUGGGUAUAUUUAGCGGAUUUUGCUGGAUAUAAACCUACAUAUCUUCCAGAGGAUAAUCCUGCAGAUUUUUCGUUUUUUUUCGAUACUUCAUCAAGAAGAACAUGUUAUCUUGCUCCGGAAAGAUUUUAUAAACCUGGGAGUGAAAUUGAUAGAAGAAAGCUGUUUAAAUACAGAUCUGGCGAGUACGAUCCUGAAUUAUAUUUAAAAAAGAUCGAGGAUGAAGAUAUAAAGGCCAUGGUAAAACAUAUGAUUAAUGUAGAUCCAUCCCAAAGAUAUACAGCAGAACAAUAUCUUCAAGAAUGGCGUGGGACAGCAUUUCCACAAUAUUUUUAUACUUUCCUUCAUCAAUAUAUUGGGUCAGUUACCGAUCCGCAUAAUCAAUCCCAUCCAAGACGACUUAUUUCCGCCGCGACUAAUACAACCUUCUCUAAUAAAAGAUAUGAGUUAAAUGAGCCCAAUAAUACAAUUGUAAAUACUGAUGCGGAUGAGAAGAUUGAGAGAAUCUAUCAUGAAUUUGAUAAAAUCGCCUUUUUCCUUGGAUUUUUUGGCGAUAAUUCCUCACCAGAAUCCGAAGUUGUAGUUGUUCGAGGACGUGGUGAUAAAUUUGGAGAAAGUUCUCGCCCAAUUGAAAUUCAACUUCAUAUACCAAAUUAUGAUCCAACUACAGCUAGCAAAAAAAGAGAGAAACAUGCCGAUGAUGGGGCACUAAUUUUCCUCUCUUUAAUAUGUGCUACUAUUCGAAACACUGCAUAUCCAUCCUCUAAACUUCAUGCUCUGGAUAUGUUGCUCGCUAUCGGACAGCACUUGGAAGACGAAUUUAAAUUGGAUAGGUUAGUUCCUUAUUUGAUUGCUCUUUUAGGAGAUGACGUCGGUCUUGUCCGUGCGAAUGCCGUUAAAACCCUGACUCAUUUGCUGUCGAUGGUAGAGACAAUCACACCUUCAAAUGCAACAAUCUUUCCAGAAUAUAUAAUGCCAAAUUUACUAAAAUUUGCUACUGAUCCCGAAGUACUCGUCAGAAUGACAUAUGCUCAGUGCAUAACAUCUUUGGCCGAAACUGCUUUACGAUUUCUAGAAUUAACACAAUCAUUUAAGACAGAAUCUUUAAACUCCACAGACAAUGAUACGGACAUUGAUAGUUCAUAUGAGGCUACCUAUGAUGCAACUCUACAUGAACUUCAGUCUAUAAUACAAGAUCAAGUUUCCACGCUAUUAACGGAUUCCGAAAGUGCGGUAAAACGUGCUUUAUUAUCCAAUAUUACUAGCCUAUGUGUUUUCUUUGGUAGACAAAAAGCCAACGACGAAUUAUUAAGUCAUAUGAUUACUUAUCUAAAUGACCGAGAUUGGAUGUUACGAAGUGCAUUCUUUGAGAGUAUCAUUGGCGUUGGAACUUUCGUGGGAGGUCGUAGUUUAGAAGAAUAUAUCUUACCUUUAAUGAUUCAAUCUCUCUCAGAUUCCGAAGAAUUUGUGGUAGAGAAGGUAUUAAACUCUCUAACAAGUCUUGCAGAGCUGGGAUUAUUUCAAAAAAUGAAAUUAUGGGAGUUGACUGCGAUCGUUUCUUCUUUAAUGUGUCAUCCUGGUAUAUGGAUUCGAUAUGGUGCUAUCGCAUUUAUAGCUUCAGCAGCUAAAUUGUUACCUUCGACUGAUGUGUGGUGCAUAGUUUAUCCGAUAAUAAGACCAUUCCUGCAAGCUGACAUCGCCGAAAUAACCGAACUUCAAUUAUUAGAGAAUGUUAAAGAGCCGAUUCCAAGGUCUAUUUUUGAUGCAGCAGUUUCUUGGGCUAGUAAAGCUACCAAGUCGUCAUUUUGGAAAUCGGCUAAAGAAAGAAAAGCAAACAGAGUUGCUACAGCUACGUUACCCGGUAGUUCAAGUGUCACUAAUUUAUUAUCAAGAAGAACGUCUACUCUGGCAGUAAAUACCGGAAAAGUUAAUAAAUCGGAAGAGGAUGAGAAAUAUUUGGAGAAAAUGAGAAACAUUGGAAUGACUCCUGAAGAUGAAGAAAAAAUUGCUGCUAUGAGAGACUAUAUAUAUAAACUAUCUAUAUCUAAAUCAAAUGCCAGACCAAACGAAAAUAGUAAUUUAGAGGAUGAUGAUAUCGUAUUGAAAAACCUCGGAAUAACACCACACAACGUGUUUGUUAUGCCAACAAAUGCUGAUGGACAUACAGUUACUAAUUCUCUUAUUCCAAACCUUAAUAAAGCAAAUGUUGUAGGCACCCCCAGCGCACAGAAUAGUAAGGGUUCAUUAAUUGAACCUUCAGGUACUCAAGUUCCUCGUAUUUCGAGUGAAAGUAAUCUUCAAUUACUUUUACGAACAGAAGAUCAAAGUCGAUUGAUUUCUACAAGUUUAGGUCAAAUGAGGAAUAACCUUGGGUCAAAUUUUAAAAAUCAAUCUACAACAUCAGUUGCUUCUGAACCUUCUCCCGCAUUACACCAUAAUAAACACAUUCCUCCACCUUUAACGAUUAAUAUAACUAAUGCUAAUCAAUCAAAUUCUGUAACAACUGUUGCAACCCCUUUGCGGGAACGGCACUUGUCUUUUGCGGGGAAGCUUGAAAGUCCUAAAGCUGCAGCUGCGACUAGUACAAAUACUACUACUGCAAUUGCAACUUUGCAAGUACCUUUUCCUUACCCAGCUAGUAGGCAAGGUCCGAAUGGUACUAUCUUAAAUUCGGUUAUAUCAGAUAGCCUUCCAAGGAGGAAUCUUGAAGCAUUUGUUUCUAGCACUUAUGAGGGUAACGACAGAAAUGUAAAGAACUUAUUAGAUAAUUUAUAUUUUGAAGCAAAUCCUGAACCAAUGCCAGAAUUUGGUCCAAAGGUGACAAAAAUGUUAAUUCCACGUACUCGAGGCUCAAGAACAGCAAAUGUCAAAUCGAUCUCAAAUUGGAGACCUGAUGGUACCCUGGUAGCACAUAUGACUGAACACAAAGGUGCAAUCAACCAAAUUUGCGUAUCACCUGAUCAUAAUUUCUUUGCAUCAUGUUCAGAUGAUGGCACAAUCAAGAUUUGGGAUUGUUCUAGAUUUCCCGUGAUAGUUAGAGAGACUUGUUUGGACGGAGAAUAUGCGGUAGCGAUGGAACAUUAUGAAAUCGGCGUCGAGUCCAUACUCUUGUAUGCCACAUCCAAAGGAAAUAUAUGCGGAUUAGAUUUGCGCACAAUGCAGGUCGUAUGGACCUUUAAAAAUCCUAGAAGUCAUGGGGUGAUUACAGCAAUUGUUACAGACAAGAAAUACAGAUGGCUUCUUAUUGGAACAUCUCGGGGUAUCUUUACAAUGUGGGAUCUUCGAUUCAGAAUUCAAUUGAAAUCAUGGGUUCAUCCCACCAAAAGUCGAAUUAGUAAACUUUUACUACAUCCACAAGCUGGUUCUAAACAAAGAUGGUGGGUUAUUGUUGCAGCAGGAAAGAAUGAGGUAUCGGUUUGGGACAUAGAAAAGGUUGAAUGUAAAGAAGUUUUUGGUGUACGAACCGGGAACGAAAAAACGGGUGGAGUUUCGUUGGACAUGUUUAAGGCAUCAGAUCCUCCUGGACCAAGCGAUAUAUUAAGGAGCGCUUUCACGGCCCACGAAGGCAGUUUUUCAGCAGACAAUUCUAUACGGGCAAUGAUUUAUCCACCUGAUUGUAAUUAUAUGAUUACGGCCGGAUCCGAUCGUAAAAUUCGAUUUUGGGAUAAUAAUCGUAUAGAUGAGUCAUACAUUGUUGUUGGAUCUGAUAUAGAUGAACCCAAACCCUCUUAUAGUACAAAGCAAUUUGAUGGAAUAAACGUCCACUAUGAAAUUCAUCGAGUCAUGAACACGGCAACAUCAAACUUGUCAAUGACAAAUUCCAACAAUAGUAGUUCUGGAGGAAUUCAACAACAACAAUUACUUAAAAAUCAUUUAGAUUGUAUAACAGAUUUAAAGGUUACAGAGUUACCACAUCCAAUGUUAAUAAGUGGUGAUAGGGAUGGAAUAAUCAAGAUGGGACAAGGGAUAUCGAUUAGAAGACUAAAAAGGAAAAAAAGUACAUUAAGUCAACGUUCAACGAAAUCUCUUCAAGGAUCAGAUACGGAAUUUAAUUUUUCUGUGCAAGAACAUAAUAUAAGAACACGUUAUGAAAUUGCUAUAAAAGAUAUAUUUGAAUCGAAUUUUUCCUCCCCCGUUGAAGAUAUAUUAACAUUGAAUGGAAAGGUAUUGGAGAUAGGAUGUGGAACAGGAACAUGGUUAGUUAACAUGGCCUAUGAGUACCCGAAUUCAGAAUUCGUUGGAUUGGAAGUGAAAUCAGAUAUAAUUAUCCCUCGAAAUUUUCCAAAAAAUCUAACGAUAAUAAAAGAUACUUUAAGUUUACCAUAUGAUGAUGAAGAAUUUGACUUUUUGAAAAUGGGGGAAUUAAUAUUCCGCGUAACAGAAGUUGAAUAUGAAUACAUGAUCAAAGAAAUGAUCAGAGUGACCAAACGCGGAGGUUGGAUAGAAAUCAAUGAACCGCAUUUAAUUCCGCCAAAACAUUCAAGUCUUACCAAAUUGUUAGACAAGGAAGUUGUCGAAUUACGAGGAAUCAACACAAAUUUGAUAGAGAAAAUGCAACUUAUUUUGCAUUCAACGAAUAAAUUACAAGAAUUUCAAGUUGAUUGUAAAACAAUGCCUAUGGGAUUUAAAGGAAGUGAAAUAGGAGAACGAGUUGCCGAAAUCUAUAUGAAUUAUUAUAAAGAUGUUGUCGGUCACGAAAUAGCCGCUCAUCUAGACAUGUCUUACGAUGAAUUUCUACGAACCUUAUUUAAAGAAAGUGAAAAAGAUUUAAGCACCUUAAGUUUUGAGACAAAAUAUUAUAGGUUUUUUGUCACAAUGUCAUUCCUAACUCAGCUUUCUCGAUCUUUUCGACUCUCAUCAACAUUACCACAACCUUCGUCAAUGUUGCUUAAUUCGAUUAAUUUUACUCGUGGAAUGAAAGUCAGGUCUUCGGUAAAAAGAUUUUGUGACGGUUGUUUUACCGUGAAAAGGCGUGGUAGAAUUUUUGUACUUUGUAAAAAGAAUAAGAAACAUAAGCAAAGACAAGGAUGA